AUGUUCCGAGGAGUCUGUUUGGGAUGUUUUGACGUAACUCUAGUCUUCCUCCUGCUGUGCUCCGUCACAGGCUUGCUGCUGAUGGAUCACCACAGAGAUGCAGAGGAUAACCACGAACGCAACAAAGCCAUUUUGGAAAUGUUACAUAUUAAUAAAGUGUCUGCUAGCCACCAGGCUAAGCCCCAUCCCUACAUGAGGGGGAUCUAUCAGCGUUUUGACUCACUGGAGGCUCAGGACUUUGGGAGUUCAGAUGGAACGCUGGUGCAGAGUUUUCGGAGUGUUGCUGCUCCACCUCACACUCCUCCAGGAUGGAUCUGGUUCAAUGUCAGCAGCCUGAACCCCUCCAUGCUAGGUGCAGAGCUGGUUCUGUUCAGGAAAACCCUGCACCCCCGUCCCAUCAGUGUGACUGUCACCCUGCACAGUGUCACAGCCUCACAGGGAGCUCUGAAGGAAAGUCCUGCCCUCGAGGAGAGACUUCUGACCCUGGACCAGCGCUCCUCAUCUGGAUAUGAUGUGUUUGAUGUGUCAGCUGUUCUGCGUGUGAGGCCUCUGGAGGUGGUGGGCUUUCAGCUGCGUUAUACAGAUGAGAGUGGGAGUUUGGUCCUUCAUGAAGCUCUAACACAGAGUCUUUACUGUCUGAACAGAGGCUCCCUGAGUGAACCCUUACUGGUGCUUUACCAAUCACACCCCCUCCUCAUCUAACUCUGUCACCAGGACCACUAUUAGUGUCAGGCUGAUCACAAGUGUUUUUGUUUUUAAAAAAAAACAUAUCUCAUUCACCUCUCAUCUGGUGGACACUACGUGGAAAUAAUAAAA